UACCGUCUCGAAAACAUAUCAAUCGCAUUCAGAAAACAUGAAUACCUUCACCCUAUUCGUUCUGUUACUGCUUUCCGCAGAAGUAAAAGUGAACAAAGUUGUAAAUGCAGUUCGCAAUUGUUAUAAAGACUGGAGCCGCUGCACACCAGGGACAAAUUUGCUUACCGGAAUUGCUUGGAAAACCUGCCCUGAAUUCUGUAGAAAAUGUAAGGGAAGAGCAAGCGGACGUUGCGAAAAAACAAAAAUGACUAUUUGUGGCGGCGGAUACUUUUGCAAUUGCAUUGGAGGGUCAUAUCCCAAAGCGACAGAUAAGAAAACUGUUCUUGAGUGCAAGCACGGACUAUGACUCAAACUUACUUCUGCAUAAAACAUAGCAGUGCUGGAAUUUCAUAAUAAGCACACGAUUCUGAAUAAAGCCUUAUGAAAGCAAGC